GAUGUUAGCGUCUGGUCCAUCAAGUCUACGACACAUGGUGCAGUUGCAGAACGUAAACAAGACGAGACUGCCGGUGUUUAAGACUGAAAAUGCUUUAUUUCGUCGGGUUAGGACUUGGUGAUGCAACAGAUAUAACAGUUAAAGGACUUGAGACUGUCAAGAAAUGUAGUCGUGUCUAUUUAGAGGCGUAUACAUCCAUUCUUGGUGUUGAAAAAGACAAACUGGAGGAGUUUUAUGGAAAAGAUGUAAUCUUGGCUGAUCGGGACAUGGUGGAGCAAAAUUCAGAGGAAAUAUUUCAAAACACUAGUGAAGAAGAUGUUGCAUUUCUAGUUGUUGGAGAUCCAUUUGGAGCUACAACUCAUACAGACCUAAUACUGAGAGCAAGAAAAGAAGGGUUAAAGUACCAGGUGAUUCACAAUGCCUCAAUCAUGAAUGCUAUUGGCUGCUGUGGUCUCCAGCUGUACAGUUUUGGUGAGACAAUAUCAAUUGUGUUUUGGACAGAAACUUGGAGACCGGAUAGCUUCUAUGAAAAAAUUGCAUCGAACAAGCAACGAGGGAUGCAUACCUUAUGUUUACUUGAUAUCAAAGUCAAGGAACAAUCUAUAGAAAACUUAAUGAAAGGAAAUAAGAUAUUUGAACCUCCAAGAUUUAUGACUGUUAACCAAGCUGCCUCUCAACUUAUUGAAAUUAUACAAAAACGAAGAGAUGCCGAGAAAGACUUAGCUUUUACAGAAGACUCGAUAUGUGUUGGUGUAGCAAGAGUCGGGUCUGACACUCAGCAAAUUGUGUCAGGUACUAUCCAAGACAUGACCGUGGCAGACCUUGGAGGACCUUUACAUUCACUGGUUAUUGCUGGUAAUAUGCAUCCAAUUGAACUGGAGAUGUUGAGGGAAUUUUCUGUUGAUAGAGGUCUUUUUGAUAAGCUUUUGGAAGAUGCAAGGUAGUUUAGAGGAAGAAGCAACUUACUUGAAAGAAGGAAUAAAUUAUAACAUAAUGCAGAGUGGGGACACUACAAUGUGUUUGAUAGUAGGCAGACCCAUAAC